AUGGUGGUUACUGCAGCCACCAAGAGUGAUCUAACUCUGGAAAGUUUCUCAGUCCGCCCUCCGGGCAAGGAGUCCAGGACAGUAGACCGAUUUGGGAAGCGAGUAUAUUCUUCAGAGAUGUCUUUCAUCCGAACGCUGAACUAUUUGGCACACGUUAUACGACUGCAGUUAGACCUAGUCACGCUUGGCCUAGCAGGAAGGAGAUUACCCAUUGCAGGCCCAGGUGGAGGUAGAGGUCGUGGUGUUGUACCAUUAAGUUUUGACAGGCUGGGAGGAGAGAGAAGAUCACGAAGAGAGUCACGUCAGGAGAGUGACGCAGAGGAAGAGGAAGAUGUUAAAAAACCUGCGUUGCCUUCCUCAGUUGUUGCUACCUCCAAAGAGCGGACCCGUCGAGAUCUUAUCCAAGAUCAGACUGUAGAUGAGAGGGGAAAACAAAGGAAUCGACGUAUGUUUGGCCUGUUGAUGGGUACUCUUCAGAAGUUCAAGCAAGAAGCCAGAGUAGCUACGGAACAGCAAAAAAGGCGCCUAGAAGUUGAGCAGAAACUUGAAGUAAAAGCAGAAGAAGAGAAGAAGCAGUUGGAAAAUGAGAGGCGAGAAUUGUUUGAGGAGCGUCGUGCCAAGCAAACUGAGCUGCGACUUUUGGAACAGAAAGUUGAACUUGCUCAGUUGCAAGAAGAAUGGAAUGAACAUAACGCAAAAUUAAUCAGAUAUAUAAAAACGAAAACAAAGCCUCCAAUAUGCUAUAGACCUGCCAGAUUUUGUUCAGCUACACAAAAGCUUAUGAAUGAGUCGCAGAAAAAAAUGAUGGCAACUUUUGAAGGAAGACGUUUGGAGUUUGCAGAUCAUUUAAACAAAAUGGAGACUAGACCUAGGCGUCAGUCUCUGAAGGAAAGAGAUCACCUGGAGAGGAAGACUGAAGAUCGUCAGAAUGAAGAAAAGGAAGAUGGUAAGGUGGCUCAACAUGAGAAAGAGAUGGAAGUGAAAGGUAAAAAGAACAAUGAUGUAGAAAUGGAUGAGGUAAGAGAGGGGGAUGAGAAUGAGAAUGUUGAAGGUAUCUUUAGUGAUGUAGAUAUGGAGCAGGAAAAGGAACAGAUGCAAGAAAAUGGAAGUAAAGAAAGCAGUGAGCUGGUUAUGGAGCUACAGAAAGGUGAUGUACAGGAAGAGGUCAUAGUUACUGAAGAAGAUUUAUUUAAUGAGCAUUUAGUCAAGGAUCAGGAGAUGGUAGAAAAUGUAGAAGAGGACAGUAAAGUGGAUGCAGUUUUGUUGACUAGCCAGCAGGUGGACAUAGUAAGCGAGUCUCUGCCAGAAAUGGAAUCGAAGAGUGACCCAGCGUGGGAGCAUAUAUAUGAAACUGAGCAGCAAGAAAAAUUGCAGCCAGAAGUCUGGCAAGAACAAGAGAUGGAAUCACAGCCUUAUCUUGCUCCUGCAGUGGAGUCUGUGCCUGUGACUGUCCUUGUACCUGUACCAGCACCACAGGAUCCUAAGCCAGGUAAACUAGAAAAUUUUACUGUAGUCACUAAAUCAGUAGAUUCUGACAUAGUGGAACGGGUUAUUAUAGCUACUGCAGAAACCAAACAUAAAAGUAGUAGAGGAAGGACUGCAGAAAGAGGUAGCAGAAGCUUAAGUCGAAGUAGUAGUAGUAGUAGCAGUACUAGUAGUACCAGCAGUAGCAGCAGUGGUAGCAGCACGAGUAGUGGGAGUACCAGCAGCAGCCCGAGUAGUUCUAGUAGUAGCAGUAGCAGCAGUAGUGGUAGCAGUAGUAGAGACAGUAGUACUAGCACUAGCAGUAGUGGAAGCAGGAGUCGGAGCAGGGUACAUGGACAUAGCAGAGAUAGAAAGCGCAGGAGGAGCUUAGAUAGGAGGAGAAGGCCACCUUUAGGACAAGACAGAAAUCACAAAUCUGCAAAAGGAGGUAUGAGAGACUUAAAAGGAUCAAAAGAUAAGAGUUCCAGAUCAGACAGAAACAGGACUGCAUCUGAAAGCAGUAGAUCAGGGAAGAGGCCUUCCCGGAGUGAGAGAGAUCGUAAAUCAGACAGGAAAGACAAAAGACGUUGAUUGCAGAAGAGAGGACAGGCUGAUUGAGCCAUUCUUUGCAGCGAAUUUCCAGUUGAUGCAAUGAAGGAUAAGGCUGCCUUAAGUAUUGCGUAUUGUACAGCAAUUUCAAAAAAGCACCAUGGGACUAUUUAUAACAAGCAUUCUUGAACGUUUUACAUGGUUUUGUUAAAUGUCAUUUGCUAAAAUGUGAAUAAUCCUGUCUUCAGAUAAAAUGAACAUGUAUAAAAGUGCAAAAUGCCAUUCUUUGUGGCUUUUUUUAAAAAAGUUGUAUCAGUUCUGUACUGAGGCCCUUAUGUACAUUUUUUUUAUCAGUUAAAGUAUUUUUGAAGUUGUAUAAUUGCAGUUAAAGCCCUGUAAAAUAUUUUUUGUAGAAAUAAAUGUAAAUUUUUAAAUUAAGCUGUUUUGUUGAAAUGCUGUAGUUUGCCUGAUCUUGAAUUUCAUUCAGUGUU